AUGCCGCGCGCCAUCAACCACGCGGAACUGAGAACUCAGUUCCGCACAUCCGUCUGCCGUCUACUCAACCGUCUGCGAACCUUUGCCCAAUACGUCCUCAAGGUGGAUGACUUGCUUGGUCUUGGAGUCUACAUUUCCGAGUUUGACCCCUUCGAUCUCAACGAGGCCAUCAUCUUCCAGCCCUUUUCGGAACAAGAGCUCCAUGACUAUGGCAUCGACGAGGUCCUGGUGCAGAAUGAGGAGAUCUUGAAGAAGCUUGACCUCCCGGACUGGACUCCUCCUGAACCUGCAAAUGAAAAAGGAGUGAUCUCUCGUCGUGAAGAGGAACUUGAUGCUAUGAAGGCUGGUGAGCGCGUUUUUGAAUAUCUGGAGGCCAUGUAUUCCUGCUUGUCGAAGCUCUAUGAUGAUAUGAGUCCUCUCUCCAUGGCUCGCAACUGGACUGAUAUUCCGAUCCCCCAUCCCGAAUACUCUUGGCCUCCCGAGCUUGGCCACAACAGCUGGACCCGCGAAUACGGCCUUUUGAAUCAUGGACCCACCCCAGAACAUGUCGGAUGGCAAUACCAGUCGGCGAGUGAGUGGAAAGACCGCCCAAAACGUGGAGAUCCCCGAGCCCAACCACACGUACGUCUUGUCGUCGUUCAUGGCGCCACUGGUGACCCCAAUGGAGUUCUUCUGGGCGAGCUGGGAGCUAUCGCACAGGUAAUCUACAACCGUCUGAACCAGCCAAGCUUUGAGAACGAGUCUUACUUCCCGGUACUGAUGAUCUCGCUUUUUGGUCCUCGCCAUGGACGGAUUCUACAGGCCGUGUACAGACGGGCUGGGUAUCUUGAGCUUCGUGUCACUCGCAUUCAUGAUUUCACCAAACCGGAUGAGGCCCCCUUUGACCUGUUCCUGCGGUAUCUUGCAAGUUAUCCCCGACGUGAUGACUACUAA